CUCGUACAGAGAGCAUCUUCUUGCUCGAGACGAGAGCUUAUUCGUUUGUUCUUUUCUCUCGCGUUCCAUCAUCGGUUCCCCUCCGCUACUUUCCUGUGUGUUUAUAACCUUACCUUGUCGUCUCUCUCUCACUCACUCACUCUCUCUCUCUCUUUCUCUUUUUUUUUUUUUUAUAUUGCGUGCGUGCACGUACUUUCUCAGCGAGGACGCUCAGGUACGGGUGAGAAAAGUCGUCUCGUCCUUGAAGAAAGCAGACAACCAACGUCUAGAUGAAAGUACGUCGAGACUAGACGAAAACAUCCUCCUCCUUUUCCUUUUCCUUUCCCCCUAUCCUCUCUUCCCUCUUCCUUCAUCCCAAUCUCCUCGUUUAUAUCUUUUUUUUUUUUUAAUAUCCUUCGAAAAUUUGAAUAUUCUUCCUACGAGAGUGUGGAACAUCACGAAAAGUGGACAUGGCCGACCGUCUCUGGUAUUUCCUUCUCAUCUGGAUAUUUAUACUCACGAUUGCACACGCCAAUGUUCAAAGCAAAGUAAGAUGUUCCGAGCAGUCUAUGGAAGUUGACAUCGUCAGGAGUAGUCCUCAAGCUAGGAUAUAUCUUCAACAAUUAAAGGACUAUCCAGACGCAACCUGCAAGCCACAACUCAGCGAUGGAGUCGCCACGUUCAGAUUAUCGUUAUUAGAACAAGACAUGCUACGAUGUGGCAUCACGAGGGUCGUUAAUAAAGUUACGGGUCAGAAGGUGUACUAUCAUCGGAUAAUAGUGGAGGAGCCAGCGGAUUCCAGCAAGCACACCUUCACGGUAAAGUGUGUUAUCACCGAAGUAGUCGUGCAACCUGGAGACGCCAUCGCAACCAAUCAUACGACGGUACGGCGUAGCGUCCUUCCGGAAGGAUUUCAAGAGCAGGACAUCAUUGAAGUUCGAGGUGAAAUCUCAGUCUCGGCACCCGUUCCGAUUCUAGGCGUGGGUGUAAAACAAGGUGGAACCUUGGUUACCGGUGAACUUAAUGUCAGUCCUGGUACUCCUUUACAAAUGGAAAUUUUUCUGGACAAUGAGUCAGCACCGAUCUACGGAUUGUUGGUGACUUAUAUGCAAGUCACCGACACAAAGACGCAAGAAGAAACGAUAAUCAUCAAUGGAUGUUCUGUGGAUCCAUAUCUAUUCGAGAAUUUUAACACCGUGAAUGGUGAUUUUCUUACCGCAAAGUUCCGUGCUUUCAAGUUCCCUGAAAGUACUUACGUACAGUUCCGUGGUACGGUUAAUGUUUGCUUGGACAAAUGUCUAGGGAUUGAAUGCAGUAACGGACAGGUAGGGUUCGGUAGGAAGAAAAGAGCAAUAGCAUCGUCGAACACGGAUAAGAAUAAAUUGUUCGAAGUGACCAUGUCUACCUUCAUCAAGGUCGACUUCGAGGACGACGUAAUGAUAGAUCAAGUUCUAUCGGAGUUCAUUCGAAAAGGUAAGAAUAGAACCGAGGAAAGAGCAGUGAUCGCAGAAGAAGAACAAUCAGCACCGACGACGGUCAGAAUAGAGGAAAGACCAAUCAUAGCAGAAGAGGUCAGAGAACAGUUCAAAUACAAGCUCACCGAGAUAGAAACUAAUGCUGCUGAUUCGUUUAACGUUGCGACGACCUUUGGACUUUUCAUCUUCUUCCUCGCCUCUCUCUACACUGUCCUAUAAAACGAAAAGUAAAUAUUACACAUUGACUGUAAAUAAAACGAAAUUACGGGAUAUCUAAGUUUUCAAGUGAAAUGGUGUAAUCUUAAGGUGCAAUGUCUACUUUUUCUUUCUUUUUUUUUUUUUUUUUCUUAUGUAAAAACAUAAGAGAUAGACACGAAAGGGUUUAUAAUUAAUAAGGGUUUUUAAACGUUAUAGAGAUUACACGUGUAAUUUCUAAUAAAUUUUUCAUUCCUUUUUCUUUCUCUUUCUCUUUUUUUUUUUUUUUUUAUUUUGUUUUUUUAGCAAACACGGGUUAUAUUAUAAAGUAUCGUAUGAAAGGGCGUAUUCGAAAUGAUAAUAGGCAUUCAACGCGAACGAUACCGUGCUCUUAAACGAUACAAUAUGAUUUUAUGUGAUAAUGAAAAAUAAAUAUCGUUUAAAUGGCAGUGAUAAAGGGAUGUUAAGGUGCGUUAAGGGAAGAAGUUUCAUUUUAAGUAUAUAUAUAUAUAUAUAACUUAGAAUGAAAACUCACGAGAUUUCUCCGUUCUGCGACUGCCGAAUUUUCUUCUAUACAUUUCUUCUUGUGUUUUCUUAGACAAUUUUUACAUUUACAUGAUCUACUCUCUCUACGAUUGAUCGUCACGAGAAAAUUGGCCUUUGCGAACGGAGAAAGCCAAAAACCUAGUCGUGUGACGGGGUAUAAUAUUUUAACAUGACUUAAUUAUUAUACGAUAUUAAAUAAUUAUGGCUAAUUAUUAUCGGUAUAACUAUAGCUUAACUGUAACAUAAGUAAAAAUAAAGCGAAGGCUGAUACCACGAUUUAAAUACUACA